AUGCCUUUUAAUACAGAGCUGACCCGCCGGUUGGGGAUCAAGAUCCCCGUCGUGCAGGGAGGAAUGCAAUGGGUUGGCUAUGCGGAGCUCGCCUCUGCUGUGUCCAACGCUGGUGGUCUCGGUAUACUUACUGCACUUACACAACCUACUCCAGAAGACCUGCGUAAAGAGAUCCGAAGAUGCAGAUCUAUGACCGAGAAUCCGUUCGGUGUCAAUAUCACGCUUCUGCCGACCAUGAACGCUCCUCCCUACGCCGAAUAUGCUCAAGUUGUAAUUGAUGAAGGCAUUAAGAUUGUUGAGACUGCUGGCAACUCUCCCGGUCCAGUGAUCAAACAACUCAAGGCGGCUGGCUGCAUUAUCCUGCACAAAUGCACAACCAUCAGACAUGCUCAGUCAGCGGUGAAACUGGGUGUUGACUUUCUCAGUAUUGAUGGGUUCGAAUGCGCAGGCCAUGUUGGCGAGCACGAUAUUACGAAUUUCAUUCUGCUCUCACGGGCACGGCAAUCACUAGGCGUCCCCUUCAUUGCCUCCGGGGGCUUCGCAGAUGGACAGGGUCUCGCUGCGGCAAUUGCACUCGGCGCAGAAGGUAUCAAUAUGGGAACCAGAUUCAUGUGCACCGUCGAGGCACCUAUUCACCAAAAGAUCAAGCAAGCCAUUGUCGAUGCGCAAGAAACAGACACGGAGCUUGUGCUUAGAAGAUGGAAGAACACCUCGCGAUUGUUCAAGAACAAGGUCACCGAGGAGGCGGUCAAGAUCGAGAAGGAGAGCACAACCGGCAAGUUCGAGGAAGUCGGCCCGCUAGUAUCUGGAAAGCGUGGUCGGGAGGUCUUCCUCAAUGGUGACAAGGACUUCGGCGUCUGGACCGCCGGCCAAGUCAUUGGGCUGAUUCACGAUGUUCCCACUUGCGAUGUGCUUUUGAAGAGAAUUGAGCAGGAAGCGGUAGAGGCUCUGGAUAAAUCGAGGAAGUUGUAUGAAGGCCAGCUCCAGGCAAAGCUUUAG